UACAACUCUUUUACCUUUUACUAAUACACGUGUGACAGUACAAACGCGAAAAGUGCACGUGUGCUAUCAAUAGGCCAUUUGUUUAACUCUUAAUGCGUUAGAUUUUACAAAUUGAUAACAAAUGUCCACAUAAACCUACAUCACAUAUUUAUAUAUACAUAAAUAUACAUAUACAUCUACAUUUGUUUAUCAUUACGUCAGCCAAUAUAUUUUUUAGCUCGCCAUCAAUAGCUCGUGGCGCCAUCGCGAACACGUGUUCAUUUUUAUGCGCAUGCGCCACUUAAAUUGAUCGCGGGAAUCACACGUUUGUAUUUUUUUUCGAUAUUCAAUUGCAGAAAAGUGUCAGCAUUCAUAAAAUUAUUUGUGUAAUCAUUUUUUAAAAAUUGUUAAGAAAAAAAAAACGCUGAUUAGCAUAAAUUUGAUUGCAAAAAUUAUCGAGUAGUUGCUAAAUAAAAAUUUUAAUUGAGCAACAUUAUUAAGAAUUCCACAAGUAAUAAACAAUAAAUUUAUUUUGAAAUUAAUAAUUAAAUAAUUGAUUUUAAAUAAUAUGUUUAUUGGCAAUAGAUCUCUCAGCACAACUUUUACGAUUGUGCAUUAGCUCGGUAACCUUGACAUUUCGUGCGACGCGUGCUCACGUUUAUUUUAGAAAGGAUAUACCAUACACCAGUAGAGCAAAAAGUUAAAAGAACGGUACUUGAACAGAUAAAUUGAGCUUACUCUUGUAUAGAUCAGUAUUGAGACCGGUAACUUUGAUCUGCACGCCCUUUUGAACUUUAAACUCCGACCAAGGAAAUUAUUGAUUUCGAUCCUUAUUACAUACAUCACUUUUAAUAUAUAUCUUCAUUUAAAACACGUUCAUAAAUUUCAUUGGAUUGAUUUUAAAUUUUCAAAUUAAUGAAUAAAUUUAAAAUAUUUAAAUUUAAUAAUUAUUUUUUGAGUGACGCGAAAAAACCACUUGCAUCUGAGGUUUUAACGAGCUACCUUUUGCAAACACAAGAACCGCCUUGGACAUCGUACUUCGUGAAGUACAGGGACAUAAAAAAUGACCAACGAGGCAUGUCACAUUUCAAUUGGGCUGUCGGUAAUUCAAACUACCACGUGCUACGCACUGGAUGUUUUCCUUACAUCAAGUACCACUGUACGAAACGCCCGAAACAGGACCUCACACUUGAUGACAGAUUCUUCAAGGCUAUCAAGAUAAUAAACCUUGGAAUUCCUACUCUGCUUUAUGGACUCGCUGCUAUCUAUUUAAUACGGCAUCAAGAGCCUGUCAAGACUUCGCGAGGUCAAGUCUUUAUAUAUUUUUUACUUCCCGAAGACAAGGGAUCAAGAUAUUGAAAUACUGAGACUGAAUUAUUUAAAACCAACUUUAAAUUUCUUGACUAAUUGAAUGUUAUUUUUCAUCCUAAUCAAUUUCGUUAAAAUAUUCAAAAUAUGUUAUGCCACUGUAUUAAAUAAUAAUAUUUUUCGUGAUUAAAAAUA